CUAACUUCUCUUCGGUCACCGGAAUGAGAAGGUACACGCUUAUGCCGACGGGGCCGAAGGAGGACCAACCAGCCGUCGCUGGAACCCACGUUGUGGCUGGUCCCUAUGUUUGCGAACGAGGCGGCCGAGUUCGCCGCCGCGAUGAUCGAAGGAGGGCAUGCGGUCCAGAUCGGGGAAGAAGCGAUGGCCGAUGGGGUGGCCCACAACGAGUUAUUGUGGUUGUAGUGGUGUCGUCACGACGACCUCUAGAAGACCGUAGUUUCGGCAAUGCGAGGAUGCCUGAAGUGCUGCGGCGGCAGCGGUUGUGGGGGAGGAGGUUUUUCUUGGGCCCAGAUUUCGAAAUCGUUCCUGAAGCUUACCUGUCAAAAUGGUACACGGCCACAAGCAAGGUCUACGCUGUGACCAGGGCCUAGAGAUUGUUGUUGAGGAAGAUAAGAGUAGAAACGGUUGAGCCUGGUGAGAGGGGAUGAGAUUGAGCUGUGGAGCAGAGGUAGGUAGAUAGAUAAAUAGAUGAACACGUACAAUGGGGCAAAAGGGGAAACUCUUAAAAACAAACAAAGGUCGUCUCCACUUCCAUUUCCAUCCCAAAAAGUCAUCUUCUCCACCAUCCAUUCAAUUCCUUCCUUGUGGCCGCAGACCAAACAAGAUCCCUCCACCAUCCACAACCCCAAUUUCUUCCUUCUUAGUCUCUCUAUCUUUAGGGUUUUCCGAUUCGGUUGUCUGCCAUCAGUUAAUUAAUUCGUGCAAAAGAC